AUGAACCCGUACCUCUCUCUCCUCCUGGCCGCCGCCGCUCUGUGCCAGGGUGCGCCGCUGGCCGGGGAGCUGCGCUGCCGCUGCGUGCGGACCGUGUCCGAGGUGAUCCCGCCGCGGCGCCUGGCCCGCCUGGAGUUCCUCGCCGAGGGGCCGCACUGCGCCGUGCCCGAGGUCAUAGCCACGACGAAGAAGGGACUGACCAUCUGUCUGGACCCCGUCGCUCCCUGGGUCAAGCUCCUGGUCACCAGGAUCCUCCGUAGCUCAGCCAACAAGCUGUGCAUGAGGGAAGGAACUCCUCGGAAUGAAGUUACCUGUUUGCCACAAGAUCCCAGGAAACAGAUGCUGUGAGGACACAAUAGCUCAGCUCUCUAGUUUUGAUGGAUUUGUAGAUCUGAUGUUCUAUGUUUCAUUCCCUCUCCUCAUAGUUGUUAUUGCCUAAUCCUCUGUAUGGUUUUAUUGACUGAGACAAAAUGAUUGAAUCCAUUUGAUAAGACAGUGGAAGCUUUGCUGGACACCUCUCAGCAGCCUUCUCAGAACUUGCUCCACCUUUGUGCAAACUCCUUCUUGCCAAAUUCUGUUUGCCAAUAAGUUCCUAUAAAAUAUUGAUAUCUGAAAAGAAGAUGAAUGCAUCAUGAAGAUGAUUUUGUAAACGUCUGCAGAGAGUGUGACAGGAGAGGUUUGAAUGGAUUGUGCCGAUAUCCUUGCAUCAGGAAUAACAAGAGUGCUGGCUGGCACUUAACAUUGCAGUGCCUGUCCAGGAUUACAUGGGAAUAAAACCUGAUUCAGGCAAGAAUGUUUUGCUGAAUCUCUUUUUCCUACUCCAACUCUCCAGCCUCUAAUACAGAUUGCCUUGGACCUUUUUGCACAAUGUGCUAUCUAAUGAAAUCACAAAUUUUGCCCCUGAAGUCUUUUUCUCCUAUUCAAUACUUAGAAGGAUUUAAUAAUUUCUAUGAAAUUGUGGGGGUUUGUGCCAUGACUGGUUUGGGUUUUAACCAGAUAAUGUUGAGGUUGGUUAGCUGGUUUGUUUUUAAAUGAGUUUACAUUACAAUAUUUGGUAUUUAUGCACAAGAUCUAAAGGAACAGUAAAUGUUCUGGAGAGACUUAGACAUUUUAUGUCUACUCGUAUGACAUAGUGUCAUGACUCAUAAAGAAUAACUAAUAUUCAUUAUUCUGCUUUGGAAAAUUGUAUGUAAAGAGGUGGAUUUCUCAUGAUAAUGUAAUGAAAUAUAUAAUGCAAUAAAAAUGUUUUCCUGUUGAAAAACGUCCCAGGUUUUUGUGAAUUCCAUGUUAGCUGGAGCUGUGUACCUGUGUCAGUUGGGCCAGUGGGAUGCAGGGAAGCAGCGACCUCUGUGUACCCUGGGAUUCCUGGACACACUUGCAGAGCAGCUCUCUCUGAAGGGUCAGGGGCACUUUGUGCCAAGCAAACGUGUUUCUAUACUCAGAGGCACAUUACUCGAACCCUCUGAUGUGAAGCUGACCUGAGCUGCUGGUAUGAAGAGAGAUUAACCCCAGGAUGGAUGAAUGGAAUCCAGGCACACCCCUGCAAUCUGCAGGAAUUUCUAUUCUUCUGUUCUCCAGCCCACCUGGAAGCGGGCUGUGUUUAAAGUUAAAGGCAUUUUGCUGGGUGGGAAGGAGUUAACAGUGUUUACUAUGGUAGGAAACAGUAAAAGUUUGCAACAGUAAAUUUGUUUCCAGAAGAGAAAUGGUUCGGGUCCCAGCUGUAACAAGGAUCUCUGGCACUUCUGAAAGCCAAGAAUCCCCUUGUCUGGAUUCCUCAGUGCACAUUUCCGGGACAAACAAUCUCUUCUGUCACUAGGUACAUGGUACUUGUUUAGUGACAAAUCUACUGAAAUGAAAUGAAACCCACAUGAAAUCCACAUG